AAAAGCAUGAGCAUGGGGAGCACGGCGCGUGGUUCACAGCAUGCUCAGUGAUGAGAGCAUGAUCCACAGGCAGGUUUUAUUCUCUCAGGAUUUGAUGUGCUUUGAGUUGGCGAGUCAUUAUGCUGCUGCACCUGUGUGGUGUUAAGGUCAGUGCUCUUCACAAGAUAUCUUCAUCAUCCUCACCCAGCUUUUACCUCACACCACAUCAUGUGUGCAUCGAGGUUUAGUGGCGGGUCAUCUCUACAUUGAAUGUGUGUAAGAGAGAGAAAAGAUGAUAUUUCUGAACAAAUUUCUCUUUUUUCACUUGUCUUCUUGCACAACGCUCCAUUUGCAUGGAACCAAGUGUUCUUUUGAGAUUGGCCCUAAUUUUCAAGGAAAGUCUGCUAAAGGUCAAGCUCUCAAAUUAUUACCAAAGUUUGUGAAUGUCAAGACAAAAUUAACAUCAUGUUCAGAAGAACCUGUACCAGAGCAGGUUUCUGACUGCUAUGUCCUCGCCAUCACGGAGCUCCCAGAACCAUCGGCGAUGUAAAAACAGGGCACGCUAUAGCCUCACAGCUGAGCAAUGCCCCACCAUCGAUCCCAGCAGCCCCUUAGCCCUGCCACGAUCCUCCAGCGACCCAGACCUGGUAUCAACCCACAGCCGCUCCACCCUCACAGUCAGCACCUCCAUCUACAGCAUCGGACAGCCGGAGGACAUCCUCAUCUGCUGGGACAUCAAAGAGGAGGUGGAUGCUGGAGACUGGAUCGGCAUGUACCUGAUUGAUGAGGUUCUUUCAGAUAACUUUCUGGACUACAAGAACCGUGGGGUAAAUGGAUCACAUAAAGGGCAGAUUGUUUGGAAGAUUGAUGCCAGCUCAUACUUUAUAGAGUCUGAGACCAAGAUUUGUUUCAAGUAUUACCAUGGAGUGAGCGGAGCACUGAGAGCCACUACCCCCUGCGUAACUGUGAGAAACCCUUCUGCCAUUGUCUUAAAGCCUGUAAUGACUCAGGAUGUCACUCAGAGUCUGGGCAACAGGAAGCUCAUCAGCUUUUCUCUGUCAGACAUCCAAGCAUUGGGUCUGAAGAAAGGAAUGUUCUUUAAUCCUGAUCCAUAUUUAAAGAUUGCGAUCCACCCUGGAAAGCAUAGCAUCUUUCCUGCUCUCCCUCACCAUGGUCAGGAAAAGAGAUCUGGCAUCAUCUGCAAUACCAUCAACCCUGACUGGAAGAGAGAGAGAUUUAACUUUGUCUCUUUACCAACGGAUGUUUUGGAGAUUGAGGUCAAAGACAAAUUUGCCAAGAGUAGACCCAUCAUUAAACGUUUUUUGGGCAAGCUGUCUGUGCCUGUUCAACGGCUGCUGGAAAAGCAUGCAAUUGGAGACCGUGUGAUAAGCUAUGCUCUAGGCCGCAGGCUGCCAACGGAUCAUGUCAGUGGACAGCUGCAGUUUCGCUUUGAGAUAACAUCUUCUAUUCAUCCAGAUGAUGAGGAGGUGUCUGUUAAUGCAGAUGCUGCUGUGACCCCUGACGAACAGGAAGUGGAGGAGUUAAAUAUCGACCCAACACCAACUGCUGACUUGGAUGCUAAAGAUGACAAUCUAAACGAGCUCAAUGAGAAUAUCUGUCUGGAUGUUGAGGCAGAGAAUACGUUAGCUCUAUCUUUUUCUACUAAACCUAGUUCUCCUGUUCAUAAUGUGUCUAGCAUAGAGGAAACAGAGGAGGUUGAAAAUGUAGAGGAGGCACCAGAUGAUGAAGAAAACAAACCACUGGAGGAUGUGCCAUGCACACUUCAGCUCACUAAACAUCAGGACAACAACCCUGAGGAACCACUUGCAGAGCUGAGAGAGAUGCAUCAUGAUGGGGAUACUGAAGUUACAGAGAAUUUUGUAGAAGCUCAUGGAGAUGAAUCUGCAGACAAAAUAGGGACAAGAGAUAAUGGAGUAAAUGAAGAAGCCAUUAGGGUAAGUACAGAGGUUGAAGAUACCACAGAAGUGGAAGGAGCAACAGGCUCCGACCAGACAGACCUAAGAGAGGAGGGAGAGGGUGAGAGUGCAGACCCAGGUUCUCCAAGGACAACUUGUAUGAUAAAGCGAAAGGCAAUGAAGCGCCGUCCCUGCUCGCUUCCUGUCUCUGAACUUGAGACAGUCAUUGCUUCAUCUUGCACAGAACCUGAAACACCGCGAUCACACUAUAUCCGUAUACACCACCUCCUGCACAGCCUUCCAUCUGCUCAGCAUGGCUCCCGCAGUCAAGAUGAUGAGGAGACGGUUGGUCUAGAUUCUUCUGAGGGUGUCAGCCUAAAACCUGAAGAGAGUGAAAAGGAGGUGGCUGAUGAGAACGAAGAAGGAUCAAGCGAGGCUCGGUCUCCAUCAAUAGUCCCAGAGUGUAUAGGGCCUUGUUGUUGCAGGAUUCUGACUCCGAGCCUCUCUAUCGAACGCCUGUCUGAGCUCAACCAGCUCUUAGAGGGUGGAACUCGCUCACGUCUAGAGAGUGAGGACGGGGAAACUGAAAGCGUUGGAGGAGGCUAUCGUGUUCACAGGGAGAGUGAGUGUGAACUGUGUGACAACUCGUGCUACAGCACCUCAUGUUACAGCACAUCCUGCUACAGUACAUCUUGUUACAGCAACUCAGGUCAGGAGGGACGAAACCGCCUGUGCAGCCACACACGCCUGUCAUCUGUGGACAGCACACGUCUUUCAGAGAGCACUGUAUUCUCCUCGCAGGAGGAAGAGGAUGAGAAUAGUGCAUUUGAGUCAGUAACAGACUCAGGACAGAGUCCAGAGGCAAGAGAGUUAGGAUCCACCCAGUGGAUGGAGGAGCAAAAUGAGGGAGGUCAAUCUCAGUCUCCAGUAGCUGGACCCAGUGUUGGGUCAGCAGGGGCUAGUCACCAUCCAAUCAGUCAGCUUCCUGCUAUGCGGGCCGUCUCUAACCAUUACCCCAGUGUUGAUGAAUCAUUACCACCAAACUGGGAAGCCAGGAUAGACAGUCAUGGUCGUGUCUUCUACGUUGACCAUGUGAAUCGCACCACCACAUGGCAAAGACCCAGCCAAGGGACAAAAUGUCCUAGCAUGCACCGCUCCAACUCCAUCCAGCACAUGGAGCAACUCAACAGGAGGUAUCAGAACAUCCAGAGGACCAUGGCUACUGAGGAUGAGAUUAGUGGCCAAAGGUUGGAGAGCAGCAGCAGCCCAGAGAAUGAGACUGAUCUCCCGUCUCAGCCUGCUGAUUCAAGGAGAGAAGGCUCAUCCUCCCCAAUUAGAAAUCAAAAGAUCACUCUGCUCCUGCAAAGUCCAGCAGUCAAGUUUGUAACUAAUCCAGAAUUCUUCACUGUUCUACACUCCAAUUAUGGGGCAUACCGGGUGUUCACCAACAGCACCUGCCUAAAGCACAUGAUUCUGAAAAUCCGGCGAGACGCUCGUAACUUUGAACGUUACCAGCAUAACCGUGACCUUGUCACGUUCCUUAACAAGUUUGCAGACACACAGCUGGAGCUGCCGAGAGGCUGGGAGAUCAAAGUAGAUCCUCAGGGCAAGUCAUUUUUUGUGGACCACAACAGUCGAGCCACCACCUUCAUCGAUCCCAGAAUCCCCUUACAGAACGGAUGUUUGCCUAAUCACCUCACACAUAGGCAACAUCUACAGAGACUACGCAGUUAUAGUGCUGGAGAGGCAUCUGAUGUGUCCCGCAGUCGGGUUGCGUCUCCCUUACCCAGGCCUGGCAACAGCCUUGUAGCUGCCAUAAGGAGCCAGCACCAGAAUGAUUCAGUGCCCUUAGCAUAUAAUGAAAAGAUUGUGGCUUUUCUACGCCAGCCAAAUAUCUUGGAGUCACUGCAGGAGAGGCAGCCUAGUUUGGCCCGCAAUCAUACACUCAGGGAGAAGAUUCAUUACAUUAGGACUGAGGGGGCACAGGGGUUGGAGAAGCUGUCUUGUGAUGCAGACCUGGUUAUGUUGUUAAGUUUGUUUGAAGAGGAGAUUAUGUCAUACAUCCCGGCUCAUCCAUUCCAUCCUGGCCUCAACUUCUCCCCGAGAUGCUCUCCUGGAUCCUCACCCCAGAAUUCACCAGGACUGCAGAGAGCCAGGGCACCUGCUCCAUAUCGCAGGGACUUUGAAGCCAAACUGCGCAAUUUUUACAGGAAGCUUGAAGCUAAGGGCUAUGGCCAAGGGCCAGGAAAAAUCAAGCUGAUCAUCAGAAGAGAGCACCUACUUGAAGGCACCUUUAAUCAUGUGAUGGCUUAUUCGCGCAAGGAGCUCCAGAGGAAUAAACUUUACAUCACAUUUGUGGGAGAAGAAGGUCUGGACUACAGCGGGCCUUCGAGAGAGUUCUUCUUUUUGCUGUCUCAGGAGCUCUUUAACCCAUACUAUGGUCUGUUCGAAUACUCAGCCAACGAUACAUACACUGUUCAGAUUAGCCCCAUGUCUGCCUUCGUAGAGAAUCAUCUAGAGUGGUUCCGCUUCAGUGGACGUAUUUUGGGCUUGGCAUUGAUUCAUCAAUACCUACUGGAUGCAUUUUUCACCAGGCCAUUCUACAAAGCCCUCCUCAGACUAGCGACCGAUCUGAGCGAUUUAGAGUAUCUGGAUGAGGAGUUCCAUCAGAGCCUGCAGUGGAUGAAAGACAAUGUUAUUACAGACAUUCUGGACCUGACCUUCACUGUGAAUGAGGAAGUCUUUGGACAGGUAACUGAAAGAGAGUUGAAGUCUGGAGGAACCAACAUUCAGGUUACAGAGAAAAACAAGAAGGAGUACAUUGACAGAAUGGCCAAGUGGAGAGUGGAGAGAGGGGUGGUGCAGCAGACAGAAGCUUUGGUUCGGGGUUUCUACGAGGUAAUAGAUUCACGUCUGGUGUCUGUUUUCGAUGCACGGGAGCUGGAGCUGGUCAUUGCAGGAACAGCAGAAAUUGACUUGAAUGACUGGAGGUCCAACACAGAAUAUAGAGGAGGCUACCAUGAUGGACAUAUCGUGAUUCGUUGGUUUUGGGCGGUGGUGGAGCACUUCAACAAUGAGCAGAGGCUUCGUUUGCUGCAGUUUGUGACGGGUACAUCCAGCGUGCCAUAUGAGGGCUUUGCAGCUUUGCGUGGGAGCAACGGCCCACGCCGCUUCUGCAUCGAGAAAUGGGGCAAGAUCAGCUCUCUACCCAGGGCUCACACAUGCUUUAACCGUCUGGAUUUGCCUCCAUACCCUUCCUACACCAUGUUGUAUGAGAAACUGAUAAUUGCUGUGGAGGAGACGAGCACUUUUGGUCUGGAAUGAAAAGUUCUUGCAAAACGGAGAGACUAUAUUUUAUAAACUGAUUUUAAGUGACCAUAUCCUUAAGGGACUGCAAUUUUAUAAUUGAAUUCAUCUUAGCAUUGGUUCGUUUUUGUUUUAUUUUUGUGUUUAACUGAAAGCGCAUGAAGUAUGUUAUGGAAUUAUUGUAUAUAUUGUAUUAUUAUGGGGAUGAGGGACGGGGAAAUCCAGUACUAGUGCGUAGUGUAAACCUGCAUCCAGCCUACAAUGUAGUAUAUCUGACUGAAUUGUCAUGCUAAUGUUCAUGUUUAUAAGGAGGCUUUUUUAACAUUAUCUUGCUGAUACGCUGUUAUUGUGCAUGGAGGAUAAAGCCCACCUGAUGUGCAGUUAUCUAAGGGCCUUAAUACUGUAAGAGGACAUGACAUUAAUUAACAUCCUUGACUUGCUUGAUACCAGGCAAAGCUCUGUGAACAUUCCCUGUUUUUCUAACAAUACAUGAGUUCAAGAUGACCAUAUGAUGGAAAGAGGUGCACACACCUAACUACAAUCAUCUAAAUAAUGUUUGGAUCUGAGAUCCCAUUUCUAACCUUUAUUCACUGUCAGAUGGAUGGAGUAUUAAAUCAGAAAGCUAAAAUCUCAUUUCUAUGAAUAGCUUGAAAAAGGAACUAUUGGUUUGAUUGGUGCAUUAUAUCACAAGGUCUCAGUGAUGACAUCAUUAGAAUGGGAAGAACUUUCACAUCUACAUGCACACACUUAGACAACUAGGCAGCUGUAUUUGGACAAUGUGUCCUUAGUCUAUAUAGAAAACACGAAAGGAUUAUGAAGUACAAUAAUCCACCUUGUUCAUAAUCUGGGCUAGAAAGAAAUCAGUUCCUCACUUCUUCAUGCCAUUCUGUGUGCAUUUCUUUUCAGUAAGAAUCUUACACAUGAAUCCCAAAUUAUCCACUUUAGAUUGUAUACUAGCAGCAAAUAAUCUGAUGGGGCUACCAAAAUAUGUAUCCCCCAUACUGAGGUCCAUGUGUCAGGUAGCCUGGCAGACUGCAAUUACGACCUUACUCUAUGUUAUGUCAUUGUCCUCUAACUCAAGGAGAUACCGAGGUACAAAGGAAACAGGAUGUUCUGGGUGAUGUAAGGGAAUUUACUGUAUACCCAGAUUAGCAUCCUAAUCUUUUCUAAAUGCACUGGUAUUUCCAAUUUCAAAGGUAUGUCUUGAGUGUGUUCACUCAGGGAUUCUUUUGUGAUCCUUUCAAGCUAAGGGUCAUUUAUUCAGAUGAUUCCGAUGCACAGUGGAAGGCAUGGUCGUGUUGCUUUCAUUCCAAUCACUUGUCUUUUAAAUAAAACAAAUAGAUCUAUAUGCAAAGCCAAGAAAACAGAUAAACCUAAACCAGAAUAUUAGUCUUAUACUAGUAUUUAUUAGAAAUAUGCCAAUGUUUGCCAUUAUGCCAAACAACAGGCCCAGGACUGAGAAACAAAAUGGAAUAUGCAAUGAACAUAAGGAGCCUUGAUAAAGCAGUGCAUUUGAAGUUAACAUAAUUUUUCCACCGCACGCUUCAGCCAUUGUAAUCCAUGAUUAUGUAAAGCAAUAUAUUGAGCCCACAGAGAUAUCCAUGUGUAAGAACUAGGGAUUUACACCAAUUCAUCUAAUAGAUUCAUUAUAAUUGUUUUUAAUCAGCAUGGAUGUGAUCAGAUGUUUUACAGUGUUUUACAGCGUAUUCAAUGUGUACACCUUUCUAAUGUGUUUAUUUAUAUAUUUAUUUGGGUUUUUUUUGUUUUGUUUUCUUGCGAAGGGACCAUGAAUAAAUCACAGAGAAAUUUUCAUAACAUUACACUAAUGCCUAUGAUCUACUCCUGUAAUGCACUGAAUUAUUUAAAUAUGUA